CGAAGGUUGAUUAUGUGGUUGGUGUGUUGUUUAUUUCACGUUCAAAAUUCAACAAUAAACCGGCUUGAUAAUGCUAAGGAAAUAUACGCAAGAAGCCUCUGCCAAAUCAAGAGGAACAUAUACAGAUGAACAACUAGUCACAGCAAUCGAAAAAGUCAAAUCUCAAGAGAUAUCGCUAAGAGAAGCCGAACGAAGAUAUGGCGUUCCAGCACGUACUAUUGAUCGUAGAAUUAAAUCUGGAAAGCUUACAAAGGGUCCUUGGACCUGAAGGUGUACUUGGACAAUCAAACGAAAGGAGGAAGGUGACCCAUAUUAAAAAAUUAUGUCAAGCUGGAUUUGCACCAGGCCGUAUCACAGUUCGAAAAAUGGCGUUUCAUUUUGCCGAAAAACUUAAUAUAAAACAUACAUUUUUAAAAGAAACUGGAAAAGCUGGAAUCCAGUGGCUUAGGUCCUUCAUAGAAAGGAAUCCGGACCUAUCAAUUCGUCAGUCAGAGGGAUUAUCAUUGGCCAGAGCACUAGGUAUGAAUCGCCUAGAAGUAGCCAACUUUUUCAAACUUUUGAAACAUGUUUUAUUGGAAAACAAUCUGAUUGACCGCCCAUCAAACAUUUUCGACAUGGACGAAGCUGGAAUUCAGCCCAUAAAUAAGCCAAGCAAAGUUGUUGCACCCAAAGGUGCAAAUGAUGUGCAAAUUUUGACAUCCAGAGAACGGGGAGAAAACGUGACGGUUAUAGGAUGCUGUAAUGCUGGAGGUGUGUUUCUUCAACCAGUUUUAAUUUUGAAAGGAGUAAACCGAAAGCCUGAAUUUUCAAAUGGUUUACCAGCGGGUUCCUCCAUUUACAUGACCAAAAAAAUCUUCCUUUAUCACAUCAGAACUCUGAAAUGGCUCAGGGAGCAUUGUAUUCCGAGAAAGCCUCCAGGAAAAACUCUGCUCAUCAUCGAACAUUCAUUACAUUGUUCUGACCUUGAAAUGCUAGAAAUUGCAAAUUAAAAUGAUAUUAUUUUAUUAUGUCUGCUUACUCAUUGUACACAGGCAAUGCAGCCUCUGGAUAAAAGUUUUUUUGGACCGUUAAAGUCUUAUUGGAACCAGGAAUCCAACACUUGGAUGAUUAAUCAUCCUAAUAGAAACCUAACAAGAAACCAAGCAGGAGAACUACUUGGAAAGGCUUGGAUUCGGACAGCUACAGCAGCAAAUGCUAUAUCUGGCUUCAAAAGUACUGGCAUAUUACCUUUAUGUGAUACCAGACCAUUUUUAUGCUAUAUCGCAUUUAUCAUCAAGAGAAAUAAAUGGAAGUAGUUCCACGACUGAGACACCACCAGAGGAUUCAUGGAAUUUGAACCAGCAAUUUUUAGAGCCCCAACCUAGUACUUCAGGUAUAAAUUUGAAUAACACAAGAGAGAAGUCCCCAGAAUCCCAAGGCAUCGCUUCCAAAAGUUCCAUUAUCCUUUAGUAAAAGAAAGCAAUCUGCUACAUUGCUUACAUCUCCAGAAAACAUCCUUCUAAAGAAAAACAAGCAGUAACAAGUAAAAAAAGCAAACAAAAACAUUUUGAUCACGAUUGAAGAGAAGGAAUAAAAAAAAAACAAAAUCUAAACGUCAAAAAAGCCGGAAAAUGGCAAUUGACCGUGAUCAUGGUGGUGAGUAAUAAUUCAAGUGAUGAGGAACCAUUAGCUAGAAAAAUAAAAAAACGGGAACUAACAACUGAGAAGAAGCAGAUGCACUCAAGAC